CGGAUUAGAUCGAGCCGGCCAGUCCGAGUUUAAUAAUUGUGCUCUUCCUCAUCAACCACAUGUCUCCCCCUUCAACUCUCUCUCUAAGGAGCUACCUAAUUGAAUUGCAAAGACAGGAACAAGAAUAGAAAUGCUGAGGCCAAUUCAUCUUCCAUCAAAACAAGUUGGUUAGGAUUUUUAAGAAUCAGAGGCAGGUAAAAUGGGAGAUAUUGAGGAGAGUGUGAAGCAAGAGAAGAAAGUGGUAUUUGUAACUGUAGGAACAACAUUGUUUGAUGCUCUUGUGAGAACUGUGGAUACUAAGGAAGUUAAACAAGAGUUAUUAAGAAAAGGAUAUACCCACCUCGUUAUUCAAAUGGGUCGAGGAUCCUACACUCCUGCCAAGAGUGAAGGAAAAGAUGGAUCUCUGGCUGUUGAUUACUUCACUUUUUCACCAAGCAUUGCAGACCAUCUGAGAUCAGCAUCUCUUGUCAUCAGCCAUGCAGGGUCAGGGAGCAUAUUUGAAACUUUGCGGCUUGGGAAACCUCUAAUUGUUGUGGUUAAUGAAGAUUUGAUGGACAAUCAUCAAAGUGAACUUGCAGAAGAACUAGCAGAGAGGAAGCAUUUAUACUGUGCUCAUCCUCAAACGCUUCAUCAGACAAUAUCUGAUAUGAAUAUUGAGUCCCUCCUUCCAUACCCGCCAGGUGAUGCCACAGCAGUUGCCAAGCUUAUAAACAGGUUUCUAGGUUUCCCAGAUGAUUGACGAUUCUGUAAAUUUUUUUAUAACUGAAUUAGAUAAUUGUAUUUAUGCACAUGCCGGCAGAAGCAUUGCCAGACUGUGGAGCUGCCUGAUUUGACAAGGCAUAAAACAUUGUUGUUGAACAUGUCUAGCUAGUUGUCCGACAAAAAUUGGAAUAGAUCCGGUUGAUUUUACUUACAAUUUAUUGCACUUAUAUUUAGUUUCAUGACACAAUGUAAAACAUUUUUGUUGAAUGGAAUGGUGAACAUUUGGAAA